AUUAAUGGACAGGUGAAGUCAACAAAAACCGUGCUGCGGUCCACUCUGUCCCAGUUACUCGGUGCAGAGAAAGUCUUAAUUGCAAUGCAUUUAAACCAAAACGGAUACUACUUUGGUGUCCUUCUCAUUUACACCAUCACAACAAUAACUUUACCUUCGGUGGGCAGGUGUGAGCCCACUUCUCCCUCCAAACCAAGCUCUCAUUUGGCUCAACAUAAUGAAAGGAGCGUUUUAGCGACCAGAGGCCUCACUCGUAUCUCCGACCGAGGAGGAGACAGACAGCGGCCACAGCUCGACUCCAUACAGAGAGGAGAGUCGGGACCUCUCCCGCGCUUUCAGCACUUUGAAAACAGGGAAGGGACACGGAGAAAAAAUCCUGGAGGGAGGCCUGCACGGACCCUUAGUCCCAAAAUGUCGUCUUUGUCGUCUUCCAGUACCAGUUUCAAAAACCGUGACAAACUGAAGGAAGGCAAAGGGGAGAGGAUGUUUACCUUAACUAACCCCCAAGAGCACGUCUGUAGCGAAGGGAAAAGUAAGCCCGUCAUCCACGGAAAGUUUUACAUUCCUGGUGAACUUGCAGCUAACAUCCCUAAUGCGGGCUACCAGUCAGAUUCUGCUGUUUCAGCUGGCCAGGAGAGGACUAGAGGUCAGCAGUUCAGCUCUUCAGAGGAGAGCUGGCAGAGGAUGCAGCCUGUGGUGGAGUGUGGAGAUGACGCCAUGACCCUCACUGUCAGGAGGAGACGAGCUGUACAGCUGCUGCUGGACCGGGUGAAUGAGUCAUCGUUGCCCCUGUCCCAGCUGCCGCCUGACUGUGGCUACUCUGUUCAUACCACAUGGAGAGACCUCAGUUUCAUGGCUCCGUAUGAUGCCUGCCAUGUAACGCAGGAGGAUGACAGCUAUGUGUUGCCUCUGCUGUGGAGGGGAAGUCCAGUCAAGAUGUCCUGCCCAACCUCUCACCUCCAGCCUCAGGCCCCCCCACCCUCCCUCUGCUGCUCCCAGUCUGGUAUGACAAUCAAAGUGCAGAGACUGUCUACAACAGAGGAGCUGAGGAUAAAUGUCAGAGGAGAAUGGACCCCUGUGGUGGUGUUGGCUGAGAAGUGUGGCUACACUCUGGACAGACGAGAUGCAGAGAUGGUUAUCGCUGCUCCAUUUAUGACGUGUGGCAUCACAGUGAAGGAUGAAAAAUACACACUUGUUCUUCAAAUAGGAGAUGAGACUUUCACAUUAGCCUGUCCGGUCUCUCCUCUGGAAUUACUCCCACCACCCCAUCAGCCUCCGGUCAGCAGCCCUCAUCAUCCAACCAGAGUGCCAACAGAGCAUGUGCCAGAAUCCCUGGAGCCUGUUCCAUGGGCUCCACCUUUCUACUUGGCCCCACCUUACUAUCCCCACCCUACAUAUCACCGCAAGUAUCCUGUACAUGAUGCAUAUGACCCCACUACUCCCUCAUCAACUCCUGAACCUACAUUUGGUCAGCAGCCAACACUUCCUACUGAUGAUUCCCAGCCAGGCUAUCAGCACGACUACUCACACCAGGUUCCUGUCGGGCAGUAUUACAAGCAUUUUGGUGUCCACAGUUCUCGGUUAUCCACAGAUCAUGUGGAGGAUUCAAGUGAGGUGUUCCCAGAUCUGCAGCAAAAGCAAGAAACUGCUGUCUUUGGUUUCUCUGAUAGACACAGCGCUACACAUUCUCCCUCCUCGGAUACAGGCUCUCUAAUUCAUGCUGAAGCACCUCCUCUCCAGCCUCCGAACCAUGCCUUCAAUCAAUACUAUCACUACUACCACCACCCCAAAAUCCCUCUUCAUGACCCACAUCAAGACCCUGAUCUAGGACCUGAGGUUCCAUCUAUAACUAAUCCUCAAAACCCUGAAUUUCCAGUGUUAAACCCUAGCAUCCAAAAGUUGGAGGCUCUCAAUACGUUUAACUCAGAUGAGCUCCAUCAGCCUAUGCCUGAGGCUACCUCUUAUCCUUAUACCCCUCCGACAACUACACCUCAUCCUCCACAGCGGUAUCCAUACCACUACUAUUACUUUCCACAUAUUGCUAGGGGCGAGGCAAAAAGAUCAGUUCCUCUCAACCUGGACUCACCUGCAGAAGUGGAUAUCGGAGUUCAUCCACUUCCUCGCUCAUCAGCAGUUCAUGACGAAUCCAUCUUACAUCCUUACACACAUCAGCGGAACACAAAUAAAAUGAUAAGCUUGAAAAAAUAUAGCCCUGAAUGGUUCAAACAUCCUCUUUUGUUGGACGAAGAUGGUGUAAAGGACAUGCCGGAGCCUCCUGAACAGCCCUCUCCAUCACCCAGUCACAACCUUCCUCCUCACCUAUACUCCUACCACCCGUAUUAUCACUCCUAUCAGAUGUAUAAUGGACCUGAGAGGUUACAUAGCACCAACAAUCACGUGUCUCAAGCUUCAUUUAAAGAAGCUUUAGACCCUGUUCUUCAAGAAUCCCCCUCUCGACCGCAGCCUCAAACAACCACUCCACCUACGAAAUCAGUAGAUGGUGAUCACCAUGGCCCCCUGUUUCCUUACUACUAUUAUCACCAGCUCUACCAGCCACCUCACAUGUCUGCAGACAAACAAGAAGAACAACCUGCAGGCAAUAUGAACUCAAAAUCAACAUCUGACUACAGCCAGACUGAUUGGCUGGAUCCUGCCGCUGAGGCAGGGUAUCGUAUCAUUCCUCAGUCAAGACCCUUUCAUAACAUCUAUUCCCAUGAUAUCGCUCAGCAUCAUCCAUAUGAUCCUUUUGGGCAUCCUAAUGGAGAAAGGGAAGAUGAGAGGCUGGAUGGUGAAAUUAAAGAUCAACUGAAGGCCAAUCCAUACACUCCCUCUGCCUCACCCUGUGGCCUUGGCCCCGUGUCAGAUUUCGACUGCAUCGUCUCUUCAGGCUGCUGUUCGUACCCUGUGGAGGACUGCACCAUGGGACAGCAUUUGAUCUUUGCAGUGCCUGACUCUGUGGUGGAGCCCACAGUUGCCCCUCCAGCUCACCCCUCUGAGGUCAGUGAUGAGUCCUGCACACUGCAGAGGCUGACCUCUGACCCCGACAUCUACAUUGUCCCUCUGGAUGGCUGUGGAGUCAACAAGCAUGUGUUUGGUCAGACAGUGGUUCAUCAGUUGGAAGUGAAUGGGGUCCAUUCUCUUCAACAAGGUCAUAGUUCUGUGCAUGAGAACUUUCCUGUCAGGUUGAUGGUGGAGUGUAGUUCAUCCCCAGGUUCUCCAGGUGAAGUGAGGGUCCAUGUGAUGGAUCAACCCCCUCCACCUCCUUUUCACUCCACCCCAGCCACAGUCACUGUGCAACUGAGGAUUGCUACAGAUGAGUCGUUCACCAGCUUUCACCCAGAGGCUCACCUGCCUCUUGCUGUCCUGAGAGGCACACCGGUUUAUGUGGAAGUGAGCCUACUGGAUCCCCCAGAGCAUAGCCUGGUGCUGCUGGUUCACUCCUGCCUGGCCUACACUCAAGCACCAUACACCAGCUGGAUGCUUGUUUAUGAUGGCUGUCCCAGCCACACUGACUCACAGCUACUUCCCUCCCCACACCCCAACCACAUCCAGAGGAUCAUGACCUCGAGAUUCUCGUCUCUGCACUCUCAAAAUCCCACCGAUAGGAGUAAUGAAAGAUAUACUCACCUGGAGGACACUGAGAUCUUCUUCUCCUGCUUGACAGAAGUGUGUUCUGCUACAGAUGGAGACUGCACUGUCGGCUGCAUCAACAGUAAGCACGACACAGUGGAAACACAAAGAAGAAAGUGAGGAGCGGUCCAGUAAUUUCAGGAGGCUUCUUGUCCCAACGGAGACACGUUGCUGAAAUAAAGACACUUUUACACAACUGCACUGUUUUUGUUUUAUGGAAAUAACAGACAAGUCUUGAAGAGGGGAAAAUCCCUCUGGAAUAUUUAUUUAAAAAAUGUGAACUUUAAAACAAUAUAGUGCAAUGCAAUAGAAGUACAAAAAGAAAACAAGCAUUUCUAGACAUUGAAGUGUUUUUCUAAAGAGGACACUUAGUUUACUUCUAUUUGGUCACAGGAGCUUUUGGCAGGAACUGCUACAUGAAGAAAUGAAAAUGUUUUUUCUUUGAUUCCAACCAGUGUUCACAGGAUAGUUGCCCUUUACAGCUUGAAAUAAUUUGACAUGUGGUUAAACAGAUUCUAAAGAUGGAGAAAAGUCUGCAAAAUGUUUGUCACACACAAAAUGUUUGUCACACACAUUUAUUUUGUAGACCACACUGUCUACAAAAUAAAUGAAAUGGAAUUUCUGCAAUAGUCUAGAGAUGCACUAGUUAGAAAUUGAUAGUAAAAACUUAAGUGACGCUAUCUUUUUAGUGAAGCUUAUGAAACGAUUUCAGUGGAUUUGAAAGAAAAAUGGCCCCUCUGCAUUUAGAGCCAAAUCUUUAAACACAAACGCUAAUUUUUAACUCUUCCACAUGCAGCAACAGACGAGCACAACAAAUCAGCAGCAGUGUUAAAGAACUGCUGUCAUAAUUGUGCAACCCAACUACUCAAAAGUGUAACAGACAUGUGGGAGUUGGAUUUAAAGUCUUCCAUUCUCUGCGCAUUUAUUAGACGGAUGUGUUCUCAGCCUCAGAUUACUUAUCGUAUGCCCAUGAUGAUUUAGAGGCCUGUCAGGCGAGAAAGCACAUGCUGUCAAGCUGUGACAGUUUCUAGUUGGAUGAAUAAUGGCUAAUUAUAAGAAACACCCAUUCCACCAGGAGUUGCUGCAUGAGAUAUAUAAAAUAAUUAAAAAAGGCACAAUAAGAUACUGAUGGUUGUCAACAGCAUUGAACAAGCAGGUAUUUUGUUCCCUCAAACAGGUAAAAAAAAA